GCGGCGCGGGGGCGGGGUUUUGCGGACGCACGCACGCUUCGGGGCGCUUCUGUCGGGAGCCGCGGAGGCUGCGGGCUUAGUCUGCGGCAGCUGCUUUGGCAGUGGCCCCCCCGGCGGCUGGAGGUUGGAGAGAAAUCUAGGUACUCAGUUGACGUACUCUCGCCGCCAUGGGGGAGCUUUUCCGGAGUGAGGAGAUGACCCUGGCCCAGCUUUUUCUACAGUCAGAAGCUGCUUAUUGUUGCGUCAGUGAAUUAGGAGAACUUGGAAAGGUUCAGUUUCGUGAUUUAAAUCCAGAUGUGAAUGUUUUCCAGCGGAAAUUUGUAAAUGAAGUUAGAAGAUGUGAAGAAAUGGAUCGAAAGCUUCGAUUUGUUGAGAAGGAGAUAAGAAAAGCUAAUAUCCCAAUAAUGGACACCGGCGAAAAUCCAGAGGUGCCCUUCCCCCGGGACAUGAUCGACUUAGAGGCCAAUUUUGAAAAGAUUGAAAAUGAACUGAAGGAAAUCAACACAAACCAGGAAGCUCUGAAGAGAAACUUCCUGGAACUGACUGAAUUAAAAUUUAUACUUCGCAAAACUCAGCAGUUUUUUGAUGAGGCUGAAUUGCAUCAUCAGCAGAUGGCGGAUCCAGACCUGUUGGAAGAGUCCUCAUCCCUCUUGGAGCCAAGUGAGAUGGGAAGAGGCACGCCUUUAAGACUUGGCUUCGUGGCUGGUGUGAUUAACCGGGAGCGCAUCCCGACUUUUGAGCGCAUGCUUUGGCGGGUGUGCCGGGGGAAUGUGUUCCUGCGACAGGCUGAAAUCGAGAACCCCCUGGAGGAUCCUGUGACUGGUGACUACGUGCACAAGUCUGUGUUCAUCAUUUUCUUCCAAGGCGAUCAGCUGAAGAACAGAGUCAAGAAAAUCUGUGAAGGGUUCCGGGCCUCACUCUAUCCAUGUCCUGAGACCCCCCAGGAGAGGAAGGAAAUGGCUUCUGGAGUUAAUACCAGGAUCGACGAUCUUCAAAUGGUUCUGAAUCAAACUGAGGAUCACCGCCAGAGGGUUCUGCAGGCUGCUGCUAAGAACAUCCGCGUCUGGUUCAUUAAAGUGCGGAAGAUGAAGGCCAUCUACCACACUCUGAACCUGUGCAACAUAGACGUGACCCAGAAGUGCCUGAUUGCAGAGGUCUGGUGCCCUGUCACUGACCUUGACUCCAUCCAGUUUGCACUCAGAAGGGGCACGGAACACAGUGGUUCCACCGUACCCUCCAUCUUGAACAGGAUGCAGACAAACCAGACUCCACCAACCUAUAACAAAACAAAUAAGUUCACAUACGGCUUUCAGAACAUAGUAGAUGCAUACGGGAUUGGAACUUACCGAGAGAUAAAUCCAGCUCCAUAUACCAUCAUCACUUUCCCUUUCCUAUUUGCUGUGAUGUUUGGGGACUUUGGCCAUGGAAUUUUGAUGACCCUUUUUGCUGUAUGGAUGGUCUUAAGGGAGAGCCGGAUCCUAUCCCAGAAGAAUGAGAAUGAGAUGUUUAGCACUGUGUUCAGCGGCCGGUACAUCAUCCUUCUGAUGGGUGUGUUCUCCAUCUACACUGGCCUCAUCUACAAUGAUUGCUUUUCCAAGUCUCUUAAUAUCUUUGGGUCAUCCUGGAGCGUACGGCCGAUGUUCACUAUAUAUAAUUGGACGGAGGAGACACUUCAUGGGAACCCUGUGCUCCAGUUGAACCCAGCUGUCCCUGGCGUUUUUGGUGGACCCUACCCUUUUGGCAUCGAUCCAAUUUGGAACAUUGCUACCAAUAAACUGACCUUCCUCAACUCCUUUAAGAUGAAGAUGUCCGUUAUCCUUGGCAUUAUCCACAUGAUGUUUGGAGUCAGCCUGAGCCUUCUCAACCAUACCUAUUUCAAGAAGCCCCUGAAUAUCUACUUUGGAUUUAUUCCUGAAAUAAUCUUCAUGACCUCUUUGUUUGGCUACUUGGUCAUCCUUAUUUUUUACAAGUGGACAGCCUAUGAUGCUCAUACCUCUAAGAAAGCGCCAAGCCUUCUGAUCCAUUUCAUAAACAUGUUCCUCUUUUCCUACCCAGACUCUAAUUCGAUGCUGUAUUCUGGACAGAAAGGAAUUCAGUGUUUCCUGGUAGUGGUUGCCCUACUGUGUGUACCGUGGAUGCUGCUAUUUAAACCUCUGGUCCUUCGCCAUCAGUAUUUGAGGAGGAAGCAUUUGGAAGGGCAACCUGUGGAGGCCCCAGUCAGCCCAACCCCGAGCCAAAAGGGACUAGAGGCAGCAGCGGCUGCAACAGGAACUCUCAACUUUGGUGGGAUCAGGGUGGGCAACGGACCAACAGAGGAGGAUGCUGAGAUUAUUCAGCAUGACCAGCUCUCCACCCAUUCAGAAGAUGCAGAAGAGCCUACCGAGGACGAAGUGUUUGACUUUGGAGACACCAUGGUCCACCAGGCCAUCCACACCAUCGAGUACUGCCUGGGCUGCAUCUCUAACACCGCCUCCUACCUGCGGCUCUGGGCCCUCAGUCUCGCUCAUGCACAGCUGUCUGAGGUGCUGUGGACCAUGGUCAUCCACAUCGGCCUGAGCGUGAAGAGCUUGGCAGGAAGUCUGGUGCUGUUCUUCAUCUUCACAGCCUUUGCCACCCUGACUGUGGCCAUCCUCCUGAUCAUGGAGGGCCUCUCGGCCUUCCUCCACGCACUGCGGCUACACUGGGUCGAGUUCCAGAAUAAAUUCUACAGCGGGACCGGUUUCAAGUUCCUACCCUUCUCCUUCGAGCACAUUCGGGAAGGGAAGUUUGACGAGUGAGCCCCUCGUGAGGCUGUGUCCCCGCUGCCCUCCCCCACUCCCUCCGUGGUGAUUAGCUGUGCGCCUCUUAUCUGUUGGUUGUGAUCCCUGGAUAUUGGGACAUUCGUGUCAUCCCUGCCUGUCUCUCCCAGCUGCCUGUGAGUCAUUUAGAUAGAUGCGGCCCUCCAUUGGGUCCCCUGCCACCUCAGCUUUGUGUGUGGUAGUAUAGCGAUUUUCUAGAGAAAAGCUGGGCUCUGGCUGUCACUCGCGCCACUGGGCACCAGCUAACCAUAGCCCCUCUUUGUCCCCUGGUGGUGACUGUGUGCAUUUACAUGUGAGACCGCAGCCCAUGGAAGAAGUACGUUCACCACCCACACCUAGACUGUGAGCCCCACCCCCUCUGCCAUUCUCGUUACUGGUUGGGGUGGGGGUGCUCUUUAACACCCCACCCUUGGGUUAGCAGGGUGGGUCCAGGAAGAUGGUAUUUCAGUCGUCUGCCACUGGCCUUCUGUCUUCAGAGCACUUGUUCACCAGGAAUUCAGCUGCACCCCACUGUGCUAUCAUGCGCGGCUUAUCCUUGUCCCCCCAACGAUCCAAAGGUACCCAACUCCACCUUCCUCGCCACCCUACACUCACACACUCUCCUACUCCCUCCAGACCCCCCUUUCUUCCCCCCCUUAUUUGCGCCCUGCAUAAUGUAGCACAGCUGGGAGUGACAGAAAACAGAUCCUGGCUGGCUGCUUCUCAGGCCAUGCUGGGUCCUGCCACAGGCACACCGUCUGGGCAAAGGGUUUAAAUUGAUGCUUUUUCCUGGUGUAGACCCUGAGACCUUUCUCCACCCCCACCAUAAGUCUUGAGUGCAGGGCUGGAGUCAUCAAGGGUGGUUCUCUGGCAGGAUUGGCCUUGCUCUGCCCAUCAGUGCUCCUCCCCACUUCCACACUGCGCCCAAGUUGGGGGCGUGGGGUCCUGGGCAGGGAAGGUCAGUGUCAGUUAUAGUUCGCUGACUGAAGGCGACUGGUAGGGCUGCAUGGCCCUGCCCCGUGGGCUGGUGCUGAACACCCACCCGCAAGGGGCCGGCUCCCUGUCACCCUCACACUGGCUGUGGGUCUAGGGCCUUUUAAUCAUGUGUUGGCACAGCAGCCCUGGCUGCUGCAGCUAAAUUGAUCCUGUCACCUCCAGUGGUGGAGAUAAUCCCCGGAACUGGCCAGACCCCAGCCGUCUUCCCACCCUGGCUUUUCUAAGUGAGCUGCUUAGAGCUGCUCACUCCAUUCCCAGGCUGGGCUGGCUACCUGCCUCAGUUCCCCAGCUUCACCCUGUGUUGGCCAGUGUGACCCCAUGCAGACCUUGUGCAGAUCCCCCUCCCUCUUGGUCCCCAUGGCUCACAGGAUGAUCUGUGCUCUGUUUACAGGGGGCUUGAAGCAGAGUUCUUUGUCAGGAACCCUGCCCAAGGCCCUUGUGUUCAGACAUUCCUAUGCUGAAUAAAGUGUGUUUGACUCGA